CCUAUGUUUUGGAGUUGUGGACAGAGAAUGAACUGGUUUGUUGGACUUUCCGUGGAGCAUCUUCCUUCAUAGAUAAUAAAUAGCACUGAGAAAGACUAGCUUUUGUCAUGUUCGACAGCAGCGCCAUCUUCUCCCAUAAACUGGAGAGGAUUUUUUUCCUCUCACAUGGCGGUGGCUUCUUCAAUUUCCCAAACUCCUUUUACGCUUUUUCAGGGGUCAAAUUGUCUUAAACGAAGAAAUUUGAAAAACACUUCACUUCCCCAUUUUUUUUCUCCGUCAAGAUCCUUACUUUGUAGUGGAUUUCUUUCAAGGAGACCUCUUUCGAGAAGGAACUCGUUCUGGGUAUCCAAAACCAUGGAUGGAUCCGUGAGAACUUCUGCUUUCAGAGAUGGAGAAGGGGAUGAAAAUAUCCAAGUGUUUGAACAAGAAGCUUUCAUCGAUGGACCAUCCCCGCUUCAGUCAAAGUUUUUGUCGAGUGAGGUGGAAUACAAGCUCAAUCGACUGAGCAAGUGGAUAGUAACUGCCCUCUUUGGUGGUUUCAUUCUUUGGAGGCAUGAUGCAGAGGCCUUAUGGUUUACCUCAGGGUCAAUUUUGAAUGCAUUGCUUUCUGUUUUGCUCAAACGUAUACUCAAUCAGGAACGACCUUCAACCCUGAAAUCUGACCCGGGGAUGCCAUCUUCACAUGCACAAUCCAUAUUCUUUGCUGUCUUCUUUGUUAUUUUGUCAGGAGUAGAAUGGCUUGGGCUAAAUGUAUUUACCAUUGCCAUAAGUGGAUUGGUCCUGACAUUUGGUUCUUUCUUUUCGUACCUGAGGGUGUCGCAACAGCUUCAUACAGUGAGCCAAGUGGUUGUUGGAGCUGUUAUUGGAUCCAUUUUCUCUAUUUUAUGGUACUGGCUGUGGAACGGUUUUAUACUGGAUGCUUUUGUAUCUUCUCUAUGGGUUAGAAUCGUUGUUGUUUUGGGGUCUGUGGGACUCUGCAUAGGUUUUGUUUUAUUUACUAUUCGUUAUUGGCUUCAAGAUGACUAGAACUUCAAGACACAUGUAAAACAUUGCAAUGCGUUUUAAUGUGUUAAUGACACAUCUCAUUUUCUUUGUUUCAA